ACCUGAGCCCCCAGUUUCUCCUUUGUACAUUGGAUGGCAGUAGAGGUCUUUGAGCAGACUCUUUUGAGGCGUGUCUUGUCCCACAGUCCAGACGCCAUGGGUGCCUUCUUGACGAAAUAGCAUGCAGUUAAAACGUUUGGAAAUCAGCGGGUGGAUCGAUGAUAUUGUUUCUUUAUUAUUUUAACUAGUCUCUACUAACUCUUCUCUACGACAAUGUCUGCAAUUAAAAGCUUAACGGUGACUUACGACGCGUUGAAUGAGUACGGGACGUUUUCUGAGGGAGACACUGUAACUGGAAAAGUGAUACUGGCCUUGUCAAAGGAGACCGCCAUAGAAAGCCUGUUUGUGAAAGCUAAAGGAGACGCAGAUGUGCAUUGGACGAAAAGGAACGGCGACCGAACUUACACGUACUCCGCACACAACAGAUAUUUUAAACUGAAGCAGUUUUUAAUCCCAGAGAAUACAAAGGACACUGUACUUCCCCAAGGCACCCAUGUCUAUGAAUUCCAUUUUAACAUACCACCAGGAAGCAUGCCUGCAUCCUUCAAGGGGAGUCACGGAAAGAUUGUCUACAAGCUGGAAGCCAAGCUGUCCAGGAGUUGGAGGAUGGACCAUACAGUAGAAAAGGAGAUACAUUUUGUCUCCAAAUCCUUUCCAAACCUUCAGUCCUUGAUGUCACACCAAGCUGGUUCAACAAACAAAGAGAUGGGAUUUUUCUCAAAAGGAAAUGUGCACAUGGAUGUCAUGCUUGACGGCAGGGCUUAUGCCCCAGGUAAAACCAUGUCAAUUGUUGCAAAAAUCAACAAUUCCUCAUCCAGUGAGAUGACACCCAAAUUCAGUCUAAUCCAGGAUGUCGUGUACCGUGCCAACGGCAAUACCAAACAUGAGGGCAACGUUAUCCACAAAGUGGUUGACCAUUGUAUUAAACCCCAAACACAGAAGGAGGUUACAGUUGCAAUAAAUAUUCCUUGUGGUCUGAUGCAGACAAUCCAGAAUUGUGACAUUAUCUCAGUGGAAUACCAUUUGAAGGUGUACCUGGACAUCAGCUUUGCUUCUGAUCCAGAGGUCAUGUUCCCUGUGAUAAUUCUUCCUCCUGACUUAGCUCCUGGCCCUCACCAUGGUUUGGUUGCAGGUCCCUAUCCAGCUGGGGCUGUUGGGGGCCCAAGCUACAGUGACUUCCCUCCCCCUGCAGUGUCUAUGGGUCCCUAUCCAGUAGGGGCUGUUGGGUACCCAACCAACAGUGCCUUCCCUCCCACUGCAAUAUCUAUGAGUCCUUAUCCUGCAUCCGCACAUUCAGGCAGUUACGAAUACCUAGCACCACCACCUGUGUACCCAUAUACCUCAUCGGUGAAUACUGGUCCACCAGGUGUGAACCCGGCACACAUGAGUGGGUGCUACAGUAACCCAGUGCCACAGCUGCCUUCUCCAUAUGGUGGUCCAUCUCCAUUUUCAUCUUCUUCAUCAUCAUCUUCUGUUCUUCACCCUCCACCUACUGCCCAAACAUUUCACCCACGUCCAUGUGCUCCUUCUGCACCAAUGAUGAACACAGACUUCCUGUCUCAGUCGGAGGAAGCUCCUCCAGCUUAUUCAAUCCUUUUCCCGUCUUCUGCUACUGAAAAAUCUGAUCCAAAAUAACAGAAUGUAUGAUUGACUAAAUUGUGAAGCAAAAUACUUAUAGUAAAAAAUGUGAAGUCUGGUCAGCUAAAAAGUGUCUUUAACACUUUAGGUGUGCAUAAAAAGGGCAUUGUAUACAAUAUUUACUGUUUGCAUGUUAAGAAUUGUAUACAAAAAUAGGGCUUUUGCAUUAAAUGUUAUAGUUGUU